AUGAUGUUUUCAGGCGAGCCCUCCACUAUCGAGGACCUACAAGACCUCGAUAUCGUUCUGGAAGAUAUCAAUGAUCUUGAAACCGAAGUCAACGAUAUCCUCGUCGAGGACGAGAUCCUGUCUUCCAAGAAGAUGAAAGUGUAUAAUCAAUACCUAGAAUACAUAGUCGAAGCCUACAAAAAGCUCAAGGAUGCCGAGGACUUGGAAGCCUUCCAGGGCAGAAAUGAACAGGAGAGAAUCGAUGCUGGAAUCAGGACGCUGAAGUCGGUGGAGUACAAGAUCCAGAAUGCGAUCGACCAAAGCGACGAGCUGCAAGAGUCCGACUAG